CUGGGCAUCUCCACCAUGGCCUGGACCCUUCUCCUCCUCCCUGUCCUCAAUCUCUGCACAGGCUCCGUGGCCUCCAGCGGGCUGACUCAGCCGCCCUCUGUGUCGGUGGCCCUGGCACAGACGGCUACCAUCAUCUGCUCUGGAGAUGUAUUGGGGAAAAGAUAUGCAUAUUGGUACCAGCAAAAGGCAAGCCAAGCCCCUGUGCUUGUAAUUAAUAAAAAUAAUGAGCGGCCCUCAGGGAUUUCUGACCGGUUCUCAGGCUCCAACUCAGGGAACACGGCCACACUGACCACCAGCGGGGCCCGGGCCGAGGACGAGGCUGACUAUUACUGUCAGUCCUAUGACAGCAGUACUGAUGAUUGGGUGUUCGGCGGAGGGACCCAGCUGACCGUCCUAGGUCAGCCCAAGUCCGCACCCUCGGUCACGCUCUUCCCGCCCUCGUCUGAGGAGCUGGGUGCCAACAAGGCCACCCUGGUGUGCCUCGUCAGUGACUUCUACCCCGGCGCCGUGACGGUGGCCUGGAAGGCAGACGGCAGCACCAUCACCCAGGGCGUGGAGACCACCAAGCCCUCCAAACAGAGCAACAACAAGUACGCGGCCAGCAGCUACCUGAGCCUGUCGCCUGACAAGUGGAAAUCUCACAGCAGCUUCAGCUGCCUGGUCACGCACGAGGGGAGCACCGUGGAGAAGAAGGUGGUCCCCGCAGAGUGCUCCUAGGUCCCCGACACCCUCCCCCACACACGGGGGCCUGGAGCCACAGGACCUCCAGGAGGGUUUGCCCUCCCACCAGGGUCAUCCCAGCCCUUCUCCCUGCACCCAGUCAAGACUCAAUAAAACGUCCUUUCUUCAAUCAGAAA